AACUCUCGGUUUCUUUUCUGUCCCUGCUUCCACUGCUGCAUAUCACCCCUGUCAGUUCCCGCCAAAACCAUGGCUUGAAUAUUCCUCAAGUCGCCCUUAGGUCCGAGUUGGACACACUCACGACAAGAUUCACUGCGAAUUCUGGUAAAGCAGUAGUUAGGCGAUUUCUCGUUGUUUUUAGCGUAGUUUAGCUAGGCUCGUCGUAGAUUUAGGCUAGUCGUAUCUUCAGGCGUGUCGUAGGUUUUUGCUCGCCGUCAGUUCAGUUAGAAUCCUUUUGGGGCUCCUUCUAGUUUCAGAGCCCGCUGAAGUGUUUUUUUUUUAUUAUUCACUAUAAUGGAUCCUCGUAUCUUCAGGAACGUCGUGGGGUUCACGUCUCGUCGUAGUUUAGGUCUCGCUGCCCAGGUCUAGUCGUCAAAGCCCGCUGAAGUGUUACGGCCCUUCUCGUUUCCAAUGCUCAACUGCUCUGGAAACAAGGCACGCAAUUCGUUGUGAAUAGGAUCGUCCAGCAGCGACGACUGCGGAGCUAGAAGCUAAUUUAGAAAAGGACAUCCCGUUUUUCGGUUGAUUUACAAGCUUCGUCUGACUGCUUUGAGAUGCUCCAACCGAGGGUUUCAGAUUCCGGUCAGGAUGGCGCGUCUGGUCGGAAAGGUAUGCAGGCUGAUCCUGCUGCGCCUUCCGCAGCCAAUCCGUCCCCCUCACCGCCCCAGCAGCAGCCGCAGCAGCAGCAGCAGCCAGCUGCCACGUCAGCAGCAGCGACAGGCUCGGCGGGCCCAUCAGAGCCGGAGUCCCAACCCGUGGCUGGUUCGGUUGGAGGCACGGCAUCCGAACCGAGACCUUCGCUUCGGAAGCGGAAGAACCAGCGAAUCGAGGUGGACCCGAAACUGGAGCGGGAGAUCGUCGCGUUGAAGAACGCCCACCCCAUCCUCACUAGCGAGCAAAUAGCGCGCGCGGUCGCCAAACUGUACGGCGUGACGCUUAGAGAAUCUAAGGUGGAGAGUAUUAUUCUCCGGGCGAAGGCUGACCCUGCGGUACUAAUGAACUGGAAGAACUGGUGGAAGAAGAGGUAUCGGAAUCCAGAGAUGGAGGCGGCGCUGGUGCAGUGGGUGCGCGAGACGAGGCAGCGGAGGGCACUUAUCCCUAGGAACAUUCUGAACGGAAUAACGAGGCUCGUUACGCUGAAAGAGAUGACGGAUCACGCGAUGGAGAUCGGGCCGAGUUUCGGUGUGCCUCCGGAGCAUAGCUACGGGCGGGAGUGGAUGCUGAAGGUUUUGAGUGAUGGCGGCUUGAAUGGGCGAGGGGGGGAGAGGAAGCAGAGCGGAGGGGACGGGUCGGGGAAGGAUGGGGAGUCUGGAACAGGUUUGGGGGGAGGUAGUAGUGGCGGGGGUGGUGGUGAUGGUGGUGCUGGUGCUAGUGGUGGUGAUGAUUCUGGUGGUGCUGGUGCUGGUGCGGGUGCUGGUGUUGCUGGUUGUGAAGGAUUGGACCGAGGCGGAAGCCCAGGCACGGAAAAGUCCAAGCCGAAUCGUGCUGAGGUUCGGAUCGAGAUGCCCUUUGAGAUCCAGCUUCGGUACGAGAUUGCUGUGGUUAAGCGCGCACGGCCGCACUUAGAGAAUAAGGUAAUUACUGCUGCUAUUAGGGCUAAGUACGGCGUGUGGAUGAAUCCGAGAACGUUUAACAGAAUAGAGACGCGGCACGAGAAGUGGUUGGGGAUUGUGGCUGGGGCCAGGCCUGAUCCGAACCUAUUUCGAAUGGAAGAAGCAUUAGCGGAGUGGGUGGUUAAAGAGGAGGAGACUGAAAAGAGGGAGGUUACACGGGAGGAGAUUAUAGCGAAGGCGAAGGAGAUCGGGCCAGGGUUUCAACUGAGGAGAGAAUUUAGGUACGGGAAGAAAUGGGCGAGGAGGUUUAUGAAGAGGUUUGGGUUUGAGGAGGGAGGAGGGCAGGGAGAGGAGGAAGAGGAGGAGGAGGAGGUGGGGGGAGAGGAGGAGGAGGAAUGGGACGGUGGGUUGGUGAGUUAUAUGAACUUCCAGAUUCGAACGGCUGACCGUGCUGCUAGGCAGGUGCUACACGAGACAGCAGGGGCAGGAGGCGCAGUUGCAGCAGCGGGACACGCUAUAUGGGGUACAGGAACAGAUGGGGACGGGUGGGCGAGUGGCAGUGGGGUUGUGGAGUUACAGGGAGAGUGGGAUGCGGAUGGGGGAACGGAUGGGGAAGGAGAGGUAGGGGGGGAAGGAGGGGGAGGGGGAGGGGGCGAUAUGAGUAGCCCUGAGCCUGAUGAUGGAGAUGUAGGGGAAGGGGAUUAUCCCAGGGUAAAUAACCCCUGGUCUGAGGAUGCUUUGACUGACCUCUUAGUAGAAGAAGAAGAAGAAGAGGAGGAGACGCCAGCUAGCGCAACAGCGUCUGGGGAAGUGGUGAGAGGGGAAGUGGUGAGAGGGGAAGCGGAGAGAGGGGAAGUGGUGAGAGGGGAAGCGGAGAGAGGGGAAGCGGAGAGAGGCAUAGAAGGGGAGAGAGGCAUAGAAGCGGAGAGAGGCAUAGAAGGGGAGAGAGGCAUAGAAGGGGAGAGAGGCAUAGAAGCGGAGAGAGGCAUAGAAGGGGAGAGAGGCAUAGAAGGGGAGAGAGGCAUAGAAGCGGAGAGAGGCAUAGAAGGGGAGGGGACAGGAACAGAAGGCGGGGGUAGGGGGAAUGUGGAUACGGAAGGGACAGAAGGAAAGGGAAUAGGAGAAGAGGGGCCAGAUGUUGGAAGGCACGCAUUUAAUGUAGCUGACAAAAAUGCUGAUGCCGCUGCUGGUGAUGCUGGUGAUGCUGGCGCUGCUGCUGCUGCUGCUGCUGCUGCUUCUGACGACGGUCCUGGUGAUGCUGCAGGUGCAACAGGGAUGAGGAGGAGAGGGGUCAAGCGGGUUCGAUGGGAGGACGAGCAGGAGGAGCAGGAGGGGCGAGACGAGGGGAGGAGGAUCAGGGAGAGGAGGGGUGGAACACCGGAGGAGGACGGUCAGGAGGAUGCUCGUGAGGGGGCUGAGGGGGAUGGCAUGGGGGAUGGUGAUGGGGAUGGGGAUGGUGAUGGGGAUGGUGAUGGGGGUGAUGGGGAUGAUGGGGGUGGUGAUGGUGGUGAUGGUGGUGUAGUGGAGAAGCAGAGGAAUGCGGCACAUUGCGCAACCACGGAGGCUGUUGAGGCGAUCGAGCUGGAUGAAGCCGCACAAGGAGGCGGCCUUGGGGACCAAGAUGCACAGCGGAAGUCUGGUACACAGAAGUGUUCUGAUGCUGAUGCUAACAACAGCAUUGCAAGCCCAAGCCUCACUGCAACCACCAGUGUCUCGUCUCCCUUUCCGAUUAUCCUCGCCCUUGCCGCUCCAAACGCCCCACACUCCUCCCAAGGCCCUUACACCGCGAGGGCCCCACACUCUUCCCAGGCCAUCCCAGCUGGGCAAAUUCUCAACGCCUCACACUCUUUCCACCAAACCACAUUCCCUCCGCACUCUUCUGGAGGGCCAACCUUACUUUUCAACACCUCACACUCUUUGCACCCAGCCACAUACCCUCCGCACUCUUCCGUGGCCCUCCCCAAAAGAAAGUACGUUCGCGGCCACGGGUCAGUGCUGAAUACAGGGCAGCGGCGGGCCGUCUGCAUCGUGCGCCGCGCCCUGCCGAACCUGCGCCAAGCCUACCUCGCCAAGGCUGUCCAGGCGGCUUGGGGGGUGCGGAUUUUCAGCGCUACAGUCGCGUACACUGUGAGAGACGGCUGGUGGUGGAUGAAGAUUCCCCGGGGGAAGGAGGCGGAGAUGAGCAAGAAACCGGGGAAGAAGUGGAGGUGGAGGAAGCGAAAGAAGAGGAAGGUAGGGGUGGGAGCGGAGGUGGGGAAGCGUGCGAGGCUGGAAGAGGCUCUGGGGAGGUGGAUUGAGGAGAUAGGGGCGGAAGAGCUGGUGAGGAGGGGGAGGAUCAGGGAUGGGAUGCUGGUGGUGGAGGUAGAGGAGGGGGGGGAGGGGGGUGAGGAGGGGGGAAAGGAGGGGGAAAAGGAGGGGGGAAUGGAGGGGGAAAAGGAGGGGGAAAGGGGGGGGAAAAGGAGGGGGAAAAGGGGGGGGGAAGGAGGGGGAAAAGGGGGGGGGAAGGAGGGGGAAAAGGGGGGGGGAAGGAGGGGGAAAAGGAGAGAGAAAAGGAGGGGGAACGGGAGGGAGGGGGGGCAAGGGGGGGAGCAGAAGGGGCAGGAGCAGGAGCCGGAGCAGGAGCAGUAGCAGGAGCAGGAGAAGUAGCAGGAGGAGUUAGGGAAGGAGGGAAAGGUGGAGCGGGGAGAGGGAAGGGGCAGGGCGCCUCCCCUGUGUUCCUAACGCUAGACAUGAUUGGUGACAUGGCAAAGAAGCUAGCACCGUCUCUAGAUGCGCCUCCUGGCUUUAGGUACGGCCGAGGCUGGGUGGAAGGCAUGUUGGGGCGGUAUAAGGUGCGGAAGAGG